UCUAACUUGUCAAUUACAUGUAGCGCUAGAUUGACUACCUUGUAUUUCAAGGAAUAAUUCUAGAGUUAUGUUUCAACAUUUUUUUCUUUAUUAUCAAGAGUCGAAUUGUACAGAGAAAUAUUUCCGGUUUUGAAGUAGAAGCACGUUCGAAGGUUUUCAAGAUUAUAGAUGUUUCACGAAAAAGUCACGAAAUAUGCUGUCCACGUGUCAUUAACCUCUUAAUUUCACUGGAUCACUUCACGAGAAUAUUUGAUACGUUGUUGAGGUCAAGGUCGUUCGAUUUAUUCAUGGGAUCGAUAUACUUCGAUAGUCGAUUGAUGCGAAAAUGACUUCCGUUACCGUAUUCAAAAACCAUCGCGCCAGUCGGUCGUUAUUCCUACUUAAUGUUGUUUCGUGUUCAUAAAUAGAAAGACACUUAGUUCGGUUCGUUCAAUUACAACAACAUAAAUUGUUUCCCAGACUUUGGACGUUAACAGAUGCGUUUCGCAUCCUUCACCUCCAAAUGAGGGCGGCGUAUUUUAGGAACAUUUCUGUCCUUUUAUGCCCAACGAACAUUAUCGACUGUUCUCAUGCUUGUCCGUACUUUUAAAUCUCACACUCUUUCUGUAUUUUUAAGUCCACUCAUCUUUUUAUCCGCUUAUUUGUUGCCAACAGCACACGGUAACCCAUCUUUUGGCGAUUUAUCAUUGUGUUAUAGGAAUGUUAUUUAUAAAAGUGUGAAGUGUUUCUAGAAAGAGCAGUGGAGAUUAUUCGUUUCGAUCGAUAAUGAAUGUGGGGAUUGUGGAAAAAUUGGGACUUUGAACUUAAAUUCAAUUUCAAGGGAAAUAUCGCGUCAUUUUGCAAAACAAAAGUAAUUAUGCACAUAUGUAGAUUAGUUAUAAAAAUAUGGUUAUUGAUGUAACAGAAAUCGUGGCAACCGUUAUUGAAAUAACCGAGUACAUAGUAACGACUUACACAUACAAUAAGUUCGAUGAUAUAAGAACUACAAGUUCUCCUCUUUAUGAAUUACUUGUUAUUCAAAUAAAAAGAAAUGAGGGGUAAAAAUAAGAAGAAACCCAUGAAAAAUAACGGUAAGAACGGGAAAAAGAGUAAAAAUGGUAAAAAUAAUAAUGGCGGGAAAAGUAAAGGUGCAAAAAAAUCAAGAAAAAGUGGUGGAAAAACAAAAUUCACUAUGGACAUCUUCAAUGAAGAAGCCAUGGAAAAUGCUUACUACACUUGUCACAAUAUCAUGGAUGUAUUAAAAUGCAGAGGAUUUCCUUGGCCGGAAGCUCAGAAGAAAAAGAAGAAAGGAAAGAAGAAGUAAAA